CUAAUAAUUUAAAUAUUAUUAAUAAUAUAAUAGUAAUAAUAAAUAAAUAAUGAUAAAUAAUAAUAAUAAUACAUGUUAUAAUAAGAUAUUAUUAGAUGUAAUUAUUAUAAUUAUUAUAUAUGGUUUAGUCUAGAUCGUGUUGUUGAAGAAAAAAAACAAAGUACGUAUAAGCGAACAAAAAAAUAUUGAGAGCAGAAUUUAAAAAAACAGAUAUGCGACGAUUUAGAGGAACAAAAUGAGGAUUGAAAGAAAGGAAGGAUGCACGCCAGGCGGGGAGGAAGUCUCGGUCUAAGACCAUACAAUCCUUGUGCGGUGGACUGAGCGGGACAACGCUGUGCCUACACGCUUAUAUACUCGCGCGCGAGCAUCGCGCAUAGGCUUACGUACAGAAUGCGGGACAAUAUUAUGCAUGCUUUCGUAUCGUUGCGCGUGUGAUUUUAAAGAGAGAGAGAGAGAGAAUACGUGUGCGAGAAAGAGGAGAGAAUGAGACACAAUAAUUCCUUGAUUUUAUGUAUGCACGGAUAUCGCACUUAUUUCUCCACUUUUCCGCGCGUUUCCAGAACUACACGGGCGGUGCGCAAUGUUCUCUGCGUUUUUCAUGUCACGAGAGCGGGGGAAAAAGGAGCAUCGCGAACCUCACGAAAUGCACAUGAAAUGCAAAAUGUAACUUUUCAUUACGCUCGCUUUUAAAUAAUCUCGCGAAUCUUUUUUUCUUUUUUAUUGAAAAACAAUGUCCCGCGUAGAGUGGCGCCUGCCCAGCCCGCCGCAUACCGCGUCUCGUCGGAAUCAUUGAACGAUUAAACAAAAAAAAGAAAAAACCCUAAAAAAAAAAGAGGAAAAAAAAGAAUGGCGGACGAUGUUUUAUUAAUAUUGUACAUAUUUUAAAUAAUUGAUGACGGACAACAGAUCGCGCGCACGAAUGACGGCAACCCCAAACCGAGGGGCGUUCUCCUCCUCCUGAAAAGGGGAUCGCCCUUUUGUCGCGGGUCUACCGUAACACCUUCUUUCCUUUCUGUUCUUUUGUUUUUUGCGUGUUGAAACACACUGCGUACAAGUCACGUACACGUACACACAUACGCAUACACACACGGACAUACAGCUCAUACACCUGCGCAUAGAGACCCGAGUUCGGAGGUAACUACUACGGGGAUUACUACACUGCUCUCAGCAGCUGUCUGUAUCUUCUGAUUGACGAUUCUUUUUCACGAUUAGUUAUUCUAUCAGAUAAGUUCUAUUUUUGUACACGACACACAUAUAUACACACACCAUACACACGCACGCACGCACGCACAUGGAUUACAUUGCAAUCUGAUACGAACACAACCCAAGUGUCAUUACUUUUGAUGUUAAAUAAAAAAUACAUAAUUAAUAUACCGACCAUCCAUUUUCCACUUCCUUUCCUCUUCGGUUGAUGCCUUCGAUUGCAACGCGCCUUCAGUAUACUCGAAAAAUUCUUGAUCUUUCCAAGAAGAUAUUAGGUAUCCCACAAAAAAAUUGCCGAAACUAGUUAGCUCUUAUUAUUUAGUGCAGAUAUAGAGAACUAGAGUGCACAGGGAGAAAUUAAAUUAUUAAUAUAUAAUAAAAUUAUUAUAUAAAAUAAAAUUAAAAUUGCGUUUAAUAGAUUUUAUUAGACGGUUUUAUUUGAAUGUAGUUUUCUGUAGGUGGAACAAAUAUUUAUUUAAUUUUAUUCAAUUUUAUAAAAACCAGCAAAAAUCGUACAUUCUAAUGGUAUACAGGGUUUUCAUAAAAUUGACAAACAGCAUAUUUAGGUGAUUAUUCUAAGUAGAAAAGUUUAUAAACAUAAAUCUGUCCCAAAAGUAUCCGACUUCUGCCUAUAUCGUUUGCGAUUGGUUACACUCCAAUCACGCUUGAAGCGUGAGCGUAGCCAAUCGCGAACCGAAUCUCAACUGCAACCGAGCCCGCAGCCUGUAGUGUAAUACGGCCCUUAAACCAUCUAGAUAGCGCUGUCAGUCUGUUGAUAUCUGGACUGGAGUUUGAAAUAACGUACGGUUGGGAGUGAAAUGUUUGAUUUGUAGUUUUCACGUUAAGAUCUAAAUAUGGCACAAGCAGUAGUCGAGAAAAGUAUGAAGGAAAUAUUUUACAAGGUGCAAUUUAAUAAAACGGAUCAUCCACGGUAUAUAAAGAAGCUCAUGAACUUGUACGAGAGGACUAGUGUAGACGCAUUCUGGAAAUGGUUCGUCUACUGCCUGAAAGUACCUCUCACAACAGCGCAGCAACAUCCACAUGUUAUAAAUACUUUAGAAUUUUGUGCAAAAUUCUCCAUGAGCUUCUAUUCAUCCGCAGAGAACGAAAACAUGGAGUCAAUGUCUCCGUUUCUUAUCAAGUUGUUCAAAUUUCUCUUAUCGCAUCACCAUGCUAAAGACAAAGCAGUAAGAUUUCGCAUAUGCCACUUCCUGAAUAUGCUGUUAAACUCCAUGGGCGAACAUGCCUUCAUCGAUGACACUCUGUGUGAUCGAAUUACAGACAAUAUGACGGAGCGAUUAUUGGACAAAUCGCCCAAAGUGAGAGCACAGGCUGUUUUUGCCCUGCAUAGAUUGCAAGAUCCAGCAGACGAACAGUGUAUCAUAAUAAAAAUGUAUCUCUUUCAUCUGUCUAAAGAUCCACAGGCUGAAGUUCGUAAAGCUGUCCUUGCCACUAUGGGCAAAAAUCAGAAAACCUUGCAAGCUGCAAUAAAGAGAACACGAGAUAUCGAUGAAUCGGUACGCAAAAUGGCAUAUGAAUUUAUCAGCAAAGUUACAGUACGUUCGUUGAGUAUCGAACAAAGAGAACGUUUACUAAAGGAUGGCCUUAAAGACAGAUCAGAAAUUGUUAGGGCAUACGUAAGCAAUGUUUUAUUGCCAACGUGGUUGCGAUAUUACAAGGGAGAAUACAUAAGCCUCAUACAUGCUCUGGAUGCUGGGAUAGGAACAGAAACCGCAACUUCAGCUUUACAGACAUUGUUCAAGAACGCCGAUCUGAAAGCUUUAUUGGAGCAAACUACAGUGGACAAUAACACAAGACUGAUCCCACUGGCAAAUUUAUCGAACGAGAACGUUUUGUAUUGGAAAUGCGUGAUACAACAUCUUCAGCGUCUUUCGUAUACAGAAGAAUUGGAAUUGAUUAUUCCCGAAUUGUCGCAAUUUUGUAAAUACAUAUGUGACUACAUUGCUCACAUAUCUUCUAAGUCGUAUGAAGCGUGGGAACAGGAGUGUCACAAGUUCAUUCUGUUGCAACUCUUUGAGAUAUCGAAAGCGUACGAUCUGUCGGACGAGGUGGGAAGGAAGAAUCUGAAUGAAAUAAUAGUGGACACUUUGAUGGGCGAUCAUUGUUCCGCCAAAAUAAUCGAGUGUACAGUGAGCCAUCUGGCCAAAGUGAUACCAAACACCAAUGAUAUGCUGAAUACUGUAGCGAAUAUUAUUAGCGAGAUCAGAUUACCUUCGAAGGAAAAUAUAGUUGUUCAGGAAACCACUGUGGAACAACAGCGUGAAAACAAUGUGCAAAAAGCAAGAUUGAAAGUCGAGAUGUUGGAGCUCGAGGAGGAAUUGUAUGAGGCAGUCAAGGGAGAACAUUUUUUAGAAGCUGACAUUCUGAAGGAAAAGAUUAAGGUUCUGAAGGAGAAGAUAAAGCAUUUGUCUGAAAUUGUCCCUACAGAGGCUGUAAUUUCUGAUGACAUUCGCGAGGAAAAAAAUGAUACCGCGACUAUGGUCAAGUGCCUCAAUAUUUUGUACACUGCGAUGCGAGCCCAACUCAUUCGCGUCUUAACGCCCACACUUAGAAGUCUGAUGUCCAUCGUUUUAGAUGGUCUCGACCAUCCCGACGACAGAGUGCACAUAUUAGCGCUAAAAACAUUGGGUCUUUACUGUAUCUUCGAUAAAGAAUUGGCUAAGAAACAUAUAAUGAUAUUUUUUUAUCAAUUCUCUCUUGAGCAAGAGAACCAGGAGAUAUGGGUAGUCGCUUUAAAGGGAAUAUUUGAUCUCCUGCUUAGUUAUGGUUUAGAUUAUUUUGAAAUUUUACAAAGCCUGGAAGACUCUACGCAGAACAGAUCCGAAAGAAGCCGCACGCUUUACACACACGACAACACUGUCGUUUCUAUAAAUAAGGGAAUCAAGAGCGAGAAGAGCUCUUGCAAUUUCGUGAAAAUCUUGACGGGUUUGCUGGACAAUCCGAAUCAAGAUUUGCGCACUAUUGCUGCAGAAGGAAUUUGCAAACUGCUGCUCAAUAAGCGGAUCAGCAGCAAUAGUCUAAUAUCACGCCUGAUAAUUCUGUGCUACAAUCCAGUGAACGCCGAUGAUGUCUAUCUCCGUCAGUGCUUGAGCGCUUUCUUCGACUAUUUCGUAACGUGCGUACCAGACGCACACGAGAUGCUCGAAAAUUCGUACCUGCCGACGUUGCGUGUUCUUUGCAACGCACCGGAUGUUAGUCCUCUACAGGAGAUCGAUAUAUAUCACGUAUCUAGAUUUAUACUGAGUUUAACUAGACGAGAACGGCAAAAGGAUGGACAAACAUUUUAUACGCACAACAACCUCGCGUUUGCUAUACUGGCCGAGAUCUUAAACCCUGAGAGCAAGAUAGAUCAAGAGACCCUUAUCAAAUCGUUGACGAAUUUACAUAUUCAAAUCGAGGAUGGCACGUCGAAGCACAGUCUGCUAGAGGCCGUCGAGAAUGUCGCAAACAUGAUAACCGAUUCUGAUAAACGGUUGAUGAAAUAUGUUCAACAAUUCAAGAAAAAAUUAGGAACGCCUUGUGAAACGAUGAAUGUUGCUGCAGCAGAAGAAAGUGAGAGCGAAAAUUGAGCAAUACGCGAUAUGCAUAUCUAAAAUCUGAGUAUUAACUUUGAUCACGGAGAACUCAUUAUUUGUAUGUAAAUUAAAUUUUUUAUAUAAUUGUAUUUUUGAAAUAAAUAUUUAUUAUCUUA